CACAUCAACCAAAGAACAUGACAACGUGUGCGAUUCCGCCCGACCUUCCUCCGCUGGAAUUCCUCGAGGAAGUCGAACUGCUCAGCGUUGAACCUUCCUCCAGCACUUCCACCAAGUCCUCUUCCAUGUGUGAGAAGAUGUUCAAGCCAGCAGCUGCUGCAUCCUCCGAGUCCAACGCAUAUCAACCUUCACCGACGGAGAAUCCAAUUUUCGUGCACGUUGUCAUGAUGGCAUUGAUACUCUACCUAGGAGCCUGUGCGUACGCAUACCUGUGCCCUCCUACGACAGUUCCUUGGGAAGUCGAGUUCGCUCUUCCCAUGCAGAAUCUGUCAUCCAACUGCAGUGUGAACAUCGUGCAUCCUUUCGAAGGGCAAGUCACGUCUAAGAACGUCAUUGAGUUCGAGCUGCACGCACCUUCCAACACGACCAAUACGAGCCAGAUCAUGCAGUACACGAUCCACGUCGACGGUGUCUUGCUCAUCACGGACUUGGCCAUCCUCCAUCGAGGCAACCCAACUCCAUUCACCACCGACAGGCUCCAAGCCCUAACGAACGGCGAUCACGUUGUCACGAUAACGUUGGUGGUCCCAUUGCCCGGAGGCAGGGAAGAUGUCGUGCACGUGGAGCGGCAGUUCCACUUCGUGCCCCCUGGCUCGCGCAUUGUCAAGCUGUCAUUGGCCAAAGAGUUGCGCCGGUCAAUAACCACAUUGAACACCUGCAACGUCCACGCCGAUUCGUGCAAUGUCAUUCGAGCUCCGCUCAACGGCACAUCGUUUCCGGCGAACUCGACCAUUGCGUUUGAAGUGGACACCGCCGCACUCCCUCGACUGGGCAUGGCCGUCUUGUUGGACGGAAUCAAAGUCAAAACGCUGCCAGCCCAACCCUCGUCUUACCUGACAUCAAAGGACCAAGUACAGUGCCGUGGUGUGCUCGUUGGGCUGCAUCCUGGCACCCAUACGCUCCAGGUCGUACCGUUAGAUGACAUUCCACUCACUCCUGUCGCUACUGCUAAGGUGGUGUUCCACGUCAUGGCCGAAUGAAAACACAAAACAAAUUGUGGCAGCCCCAAAAAUGGUUGUCCCAUAUAUAGAUUACGUAGCAAUAAUCUAUAUAUUUAUUCGGAAGAGCGAAGGAUGUCCGAGUCACCGGCGUCCAAGACGA